AUAUAUAUAUUAUAUAUAUAUAUAUAUAUAUAUAUAUAUAUAUAUAUAUAUAUAUAUAUAUAUAUAUAUCGCUUGACAAUUCAAUUCCUAAGAGGAAGAUCCUCGUAUUUCAAACAUCAAAUGAAUAUUACAAUACAUAUCUGUCAUGUCUUCUUACAAUGCCAUCAAAUGCAAAAAAAUAUGGUCACAUUUAAUCAGGCUAAAAGGUUAAAAGAUUUUACUUUACAUGUGUUACUUUACAUAUAUAUAUAUAUAUAUAUAUGUACAGUUAUGAUUUUGAAGUACAUUACAUGCUGGCUGUUUCAAUUAGAUACUGCCGUAAUGUAA